ACUACACACUGGGCACAUGAGAAAACACAGAGAAGCCCGUUAGUUUCAAAGCUAAUGGCUAACAAAGUACCUUUUCACGGGGACUGUAACCUUGGGGUUCUCAUCUGUGUUCCCCCUCCUGCAGUUGUAAUCAAACACAACCCAGAUUUCAAUGGUGUUUGUGGAGAAUCAUCGGCCCUCUCCUAAAUAUGGGAUAGGGUUAUGUGAUCAGCAUCAUCUGCAGCCACACAAUGGAUAACGAGGAGAGAGAGACGUGCCAAGGAGAGAAGCUGGCCUCUACUGUGGACGACACUCUGGAUGAAUAUUUAAUCGCCCUCCAGCACAAAAACAGGAUCCUAAAGCGCCUUAAAGUCAAAGACCCCAGGGAAAUUGAGUUGGAAAAGCUUGAGCAAGGUUUUUCCAUUUAUCUUAACGGAGCCAAUGCUGAAGCCAAUAGGAAGCAGCCCAAGAGGUCCAGCCACAAGUGUGUUGCCUCCCCACCUGCUUGGAGGCCUGCACGUACAGCAGCGGCAGAUGUCUGUCGAAGCGCCCACCAGUUUACCGAAGAUAAUCUAGAGCAAACCUACAGGAAGAGGAGCCACACUGCCCCAGGAAAGGUCCAGAGGAAAGAAUGGGUCAAGGAUUCUGUCAGAAUUCGAACAGAGGAAGGAACAAGUUUGUACAUCUCCCCAGAAAAGCGCUACUCUGAGGAUUUUGAGCCCUAUGAAAGCAUAGACAUGGAGAGCUCCAGUCCGCGCUCGCCUCAUAGUCCCUGCUCCCCAAGGGCCACCUGCAAGGUGUCGCGCUCCUUCAGCUCUAGGCAUGAAAGCCAAGGAAACCAAGCAAAUCAGGAGCACAAUGAGAAGGUCCUUCUCAACCUUGAAGAAGUGAAGGUUCUGCGUCGCAGCCUGGAGGUUAGCAUGCGGCGAAGCAGCCGCGACUCAGCAGGGGAGGAGUCGGAUGAGGAGUGGGUGGAGGAGCAGAUCGAGAGGGAGGAGAGCACUGAGAGUCUGGAUGAACUGGGGCUGCCUCUCUCGUCCUCCAAGUCCUCCUCCAACCCUCGGCCCAGCGGCUCCCAUAGCCAUUUCGACUCAACAAACCUCAUUGUCCUGGACUUUGGACCCUCACCUAAAGGUCGUAAGAUUGAACGCUCUCUGUCUGCAAAAAGGAAAGAAAACACUGACGCCUUUAUACCUACCAAGCCUAUGUUGGUGAAAAGCAAAACAUUAGAUAGACCACCUUCCAAAGACAGCUGGAAUAGUCAGAGGCCAAGGAGUCAGGUGGGGAGGCCUCUGUCAGCAGCCAGGAAGGCUUCUUUUGAGGAGCGAGACCCGGAGGAGAUGGCAUGCAGUGUGCGCCAGGCCAUCCAGAGAGAGAACGACCCGCUGCAGAGUCCUGAGCUCUUUAGCCGAAACACGGGCAGGGGACACCAGGUGAUGAAUGGCUUAGUGCGCCACAACAGCCACGACAAGGAUGAGAACGGUGUCACUGUGGCCAUGCAAAGAAUCACGCUUAUGGGCCCUGGGCAACAACACAAACUGCUGAAAGCCUUGGAGAAACUUGAAGCAGGACCCAGCUACAACAUUCCUCAAAGUGUCAAAACAGACUACAGCAAACAGCCGAGAAGGCUGUCCUCGGCAGAGGUCACCCCUGCAUUGUAUGUUACCAUGGAGAUCCUGUCAAACUGGGGGAACGCUUUGCAGGUCGGGCUGACUGAGUUGCAGUUCUUCUGCCUUAGAAACAAGAAGCUGUACGUGUCUCCUCAUGACCUGGACAUCAGGAACGCUGACUACCCCGGGAAUCUGGGGGCACUUGUCAACGGAAAGGUGAAGACCACCAAAGAGCGUCACAUGUGGACGUGUCCAUUCCACCCUCCCAUCCAGCUCUACUUCAUCAUCAGAAACACGGAGCGCUCCCCAGACUUUGGAAUAUCUCGCAUCAAAAUAUGGAACUACAACAGAAGCCUCAAUGAUCUUGACAUUGGUGCACGGCAUAUAAAGCUGUACCUUAACAGCACAUUGGUGUUUGAGGGUGAGCUGGAGAAGGGCUGCGGCAACCAGGUCUUUGACUACAGCACCGCGAUCGACCUCCAGGAUUUCCAGGUGUCAGACUCCUUGUUUUCCAGCCCUGUGUCUUCAGGACACAAUCUACGGGGUGUCAGCCCCCAGCGCCAUGAGGACAGGAAGGGUGUGGAGGGCGGCAGCACCCAGCACCACCACAGUUGGAAUCCGCAGCCAUCAGAUGCAGGCCAGGCUAUGAUAGACAUGCAGGAGAAAGCGCACACACUGCUACCACCCAUCACUCCAUCAUCAGUGGGGGUUUCAUCCUCUGCCCGUCGCUCCUCCACACAAAGAAACUCUUUCGACCUGUCUUCCUCAGAGGAGCCCCUCUCUCUCAGGCAGCAGGUGGAGCAGCCUGCACCCACGGAGCAGACGGUCACAACCCAGCCGUCCUCCUCUCGCGUGGCCCCCCAGUGGCUGCAGCCGCUGAGCAGGGGAGCUCCAGAGGGCUGCGAGGCCAUCAGGGAGAGGCCCCGCUGGCUGGUGCCUCAGCACUCUGCAGAGCCCAGAUCUCCAUCAGCCUCAUCCUCUUCAAUGCUCCCGGAGCUGCCAUGUAACCCAGGCCGAGUGUGUCGGGGGAUGGAGAGGACAGUGAACGGGAGUCAGUGGAAGGCAGAUUCUUUGGACCUGAGCUGCGACCUGCUGGAGGAGCUCACCGAGCAAAAGUCAGACCGGCCCAUCAGUGGACGCAGGAGCUCAUUUCGAAACACUGCUGUCACUGCCAGGCAGAAAGAGGAGCAGCAACUCAGAGCUGCUGUGCUGUCAAACACAGAGGAGCCAAUGUCAUUGGUGAACAUGAGCAGGAGGCAGUGCAGCUCUAUGGCGCAGCUGCACAGCCAACAGGAUGACACCCUCAGGGAGUCCUGGGACUCUCUCACGAAGUUCAACCAAUGCCAACGUGGACGCAUCUCCAACAUGGGCUUCGAAGGUGACAUCUUUGAUGAGUUCCUCCAGCGCCAGGGCCGUGGUCCACCCUCAGUCCCAGUCAAUCCCUCCACAGCACCCAGGAGCCCCCAUUCCUCCUUCACCACUCAGGGUGCACUAUGUGAAGGCCCUGAUGAUGAUCCAUCUACGGAGCGGGAGGACGAAUUUGAGAUCCCCGUGCUGCCGCAGGGCCAAAGGCUGAUCAUCAACAUCCUGUCCACCUGGGGUGAUCGCCACUAUGUCGGCCUCAACGGCCUUGAGGUGUUCAGCUCCAGUGGAGAACCCCUACGACCUGCUCACAUCCGUGCCGACCCUCCAGACAUCAACAUUCUCCCUGCAUACGGCAAAGAUCCACGUGUGGUCACUAACUUGAUCGAUGGCGUUAAUCGUACCCAGGAUGACAUGCAUCUUUGGCUAGCACCAUUCACCCCAGGUCGUAACCACACCAUCUUCCUGGACUUUGGAGCUCCUAACCAGGUGGCCAUGAUCCGUGUGUGGAACUACAACAAGUCACGCAUUCACUCCUUCCGAGGGGUGAAGGAGGUGGAAAUGCUGCUUGAUGGAAGAUGCAUCUUCAGGGGCGAGAUUGCCAAAGCCUCUGGGACUCUGUCAGGAGAUUUGGACCAAUUUGGUGACACUAUCCUGUUCACCACUGAUGAUGAGAUCCUGGAGGCCAUGUCUCGUUAUGAUGAAACCUUCCUCAGUGAAGGUGAGGGUCCCGAGAGCCUGGUGGCUGAGGAGGAGUUGCAAAGACCACGCACCGCUGAUGGAGAGGGAGAGGAAAGACCCUUCACACAGGCUGGCUUCCGAGAGGAAGACCUCAACUUGAAACUUCACCUCAACCCCACUGUGAGCCAGUCUGAGGAGAACAUGGAGCAUAUUCCUGGGAUGUACACUGGAAAGUGCCUUAGACUAGAGCUGGUGUUGACUUGGGGGGACUUGCACUACAUGGGCCUGACAGGAUUGGAGGUGGUGGGGAAGGAUGGAGAGAGUUUACCUUUAGACCUCAGUAUGAUGGCUGCUUCACCCGCGGACCUCAACGACCUGCCUGAGUACGAAUACGACCUGCGUACGCUUGAUAAGCUUAUAAAUGGCAACAACAUUACCACUGAUGACCAGCACAUGUGGCUGAUACCUUUCUCCUAUGGAGAUCCUCACACCUUGAACGUGACGUUCGACAAGGCCCAGACCAUCGCUGGACUCCGAAUCUGGAACUACAACAAGUCCCCUGAGGACUCGUACAGAGGGGUGAAGGUGAUCCAUGUGUUCAUGGAUGACGUCGCCAUCUCCCCACCGGAGGGAUUCCUGAUCAGGAAAGGACCAGGCAACUGUCACUUUGACUUUGCCCAGGAACUCCUCUUCAUAGACUUCCUCCAGACGCCCACUGACAACAAGAGUGCAGAGGAGAAAGGGAGCUCCAAGAAACAAGAACAGGCCAGCAUGGACUAUGAAGCUCCCAUCAUGCCUAGUGGCUUCAUCUUUCAGCUGCAGCUGUUAACAACCUGGGGAGACCCGUAUUACAUCGGCCUCAACGGCCUCGAAUUUUAUGACCAGAACCAUGAGAAGAUCAGUCUCAGUGACAACAACAUUGCUGCUUUUCCAGACAGUGUGAAUGUACUGGACAAUGUGAGCGGUGAUGUGAGGACUCCAGACAAAUUAAUAGAUGGAUUCAACAGUACCCACGAUGGAGGACAUAUGUGGUUAGCCCCGGUGCUGCCUGGUCUGGUGAACCGUGUGUAUAUCAUCUUCGAUCAGCCAAUGACGGUGUCCAUGAUCAAAUUGUGGAACUACUCAAAGACACCACAAAGAGGAGUGAAGGAGUUUGGGCUGCUGGUGGACGACCUCCUGGUGUAUAACGGCAUCUUGGACAGUGUAAGCCAUGUGGCACGAGGCAUUCUGCCUACCUGUGACCCAGUGGUGCCCUACCACACCAUCCUGUUCACAGACAAUGCCUACAUCGCACACCGUGAGAGGAACACCGUCAUCAGCCCCCGUGGCAGCAGACACCACCAACAUAAUUAUGUGGAGGACCAGGAUGUGAAGAUGACCAAUGAGAAUCAGAUAGUCCAUCACAACAAGAAGAAGCAGACAGCAGAUCCAGCUCUUCGGCCUAAAACCUGCAUGACUGAUGGCGGGAAACAUGGGAAGAGGAGAUACUGACAGACAGACGAUGACAGAUGAACAGACAGAUGUGGAUCCAGUGAAAAGAAGGAACUGUGUCUGACUUUAAAAACCCACUUUUUGGUGGGUGACUUUUGAAAACCUCCCUCACAUUAAGACCCAAAGCAGCCGUGGUGUGUAACAGCGGCUCACACGGUCCACAGUGAAGAGAACGGAGCUUGCACAGUUAAGAAUGGCUUUACAAACACACACACACACACACACACACACACACAGGACUCCACUUUAUGGUUGGAUCACUCCCUUCUCCCCACCCAGACACACGUUAUCCUGAACAGGUACUGUACGGUUGCCCCGGUUGUCCCUCCCACAGUGCCAGGAUAAACCUGUGAGGCUGCAUUUUAUCAGCCCUAUUAUUGUGCCUAGUACUAAACACUAUAUCUGUGGCUGCUACUUGUGACUUUUGUGCUGCAUAUUUAAAUGCUGCUUGUGGCUUGUAAAUACUUAAAAAAAAAAAAAAAAAAAAGCUCCAAGGCCACA